AUUGAUAAAUUUAAACCGAUACUCACGCCAUCAUCGAUUUUCCAUUUUCUUCGACAACGAAAUUUUGGGUUUGGUAUAUUCAAAGAUGAGCCCCCCAGAAGGAUCAACGAAAGGAGGGAGAGGGAAACCUAAGUCAUCUAAGGCGGUUUCCAGGUCACAUAAGGCUGGGCUUCAGUUUCCGGUGGGAAGGAUUGCUAGGUUCUUGAAAGCCGGGAAAUAUGCCGACCGUGUUGGUGCCGGAGCUCCCGUCUAUCUCUCCGCUGUAUUAGAGUACCUCGCUGCUGAGGUUCUAGAGCUUGCUGGUAACGCGGCGAGAGACAACAAAAAGAAUAGAAUUGUUCCGAGGCACAUCCAACUAGCGGUGAGAAACGAUGAAGAGUUGAGCAAGCUUUUGGGUUCAGUAACCAUUGCAAAUGGAGGUGUUUUGCCCAAUAUUCACCAGACUCUUCUCCCCAGUAAAGCUGGUAAAAACAAGGGUAAUAUUGGAUCAGCUUCUCAGGAGUUUUAGCCUCUCUUUUGCUUUCCUUGAGUUUUGUUUUAAACACUAGUACCAUAUGCAAUGUUUUGCUACCUUUUUUAUCCAAGCUCUUGUGAUAUCAAAUCUAAUAAUUACAUUUGCACCACCA